UCCACAAGGAAGAAGAACCAGCCCCACUGCGCAUGCGCUAAGAUGGCUGCGCAGUAGCAUGAUCUCUGUGAGUUUGUUUAUGAGUAACUUAGAUAUGAAGAAGAUAUAAAGUUAGUUUAAUGAAAUGGCAUCAUGACAAUACUGAGGAGGAUCUUCUCUCGGCUGCCCCCCCUCCCACUGCUGCAGGGAGCCCCGCGCGCACACAGAGCCGCGUGCACACUGCUUCAUGCUGCAGGAAACAGAAACCCUUCACAGGAAGCAGCUGCAGGACUGUCCUCUCUGUGCAGAGGGUUUGCACUGUCCUCCUCCUGCAGGGGGCGGGACCCGGAUGAGUUCAUCAGGGGUCAGCAGCAGCAGCAGGAGGAAGAGGAUGAGGAGGAUGAGGAAGGAGAGGAUUUCCUGGAUGACCGGGAGGUGGAGGAGCUGUUCCUGCAUUACGCUCCUGUAGACCUCACUCCGGGUCAGCAGCUCAGAGUCUUCAUCGUGCAUCCAGAUGUGAAGUGGGGGAGCAGGAAGCAGCACCUGACCACAGCCGGGCUGAUGAUGGCGGAGGCCGAGGGUCUGGUGAACACGCUGGAGAACUGGAGAGUCAUCGAUACGCUCGUCCUCUCCACCAAAACUCCAGAGAAGAAGAAGAUCUUUGGGAAAGGAAACUUCCAGCUUCUGACAGAGAGAAUCAGACACACUGCAGGAAUCAACGCCGUGUUUGUGAACGUGGAGCGCCUCUCUCCCGGGUCGGAGCGGGAGUUCGAGGAGGCGUGGGGGGUGAAGGUGUUCGACAGAUACUCCGUGGUGCUGCACAUCUUCCGCUGCAACGCCCGGACCAAAGAGGCAAAGUUACAGAUCUCUCUGGCGGAAAUCCCUUUGUUAAGAUCCCGUCUGAGAAACGAAAUGGCAAACUUGGAUCAGCAGGGCGGAGGAGCCAGAUACAUCGGAGGCUCAGGUGAGACCCUGAUGGAGGUGCAGCAGCGUCUGCUGAAGGAGCGGGAGAUGAAGAUCCGCUCGGCUCUGGAGAAGCUCCGCAGGAAGAGGAAGCUGCUGCGCUCUCAGAGGAGACACAAGGAGUUCCCCGUGGUCUCCGUGCUCGGAUACACCAACUGUGGAAAGACCACGCUGAUCAAGGCUCUGACGGGGGACAGGGGUCUGCAGCCCAGAGACCAGCUGUUCGCCACGCUGGACGUGACGGUGCACGGCGGCCUGCUGCCCUGCAAGAUGCCCGUCCUCUACGUGGACACCAUCGGCUUCCUGUCGCAGCUGCCCCACCUGCUCAUCGACUCCUUCUCCGCCACGCUGGACGACAUCAAGCACUCGGAUCUGUUGGUGCACGUCAGAGACAUCAGCCACCCGGAGACGGAGAACCAGAAGCAGAACGUGCUGAGCGUCCUGAAGAACCUGGAGACCCCCGAGCGUCUGAUGAGCUCCAUGGUCGAAGUGCACAAUAAAAUCGACCUCGUGGACGAUUAUGAGUGCCUGGAGCCGAACGUGCUGCCCAUUUCCGCUCUGACUCAGCGAGGCCUCGACCAGCUGAGCGCAGCGGUGGAGGAGGAGAUCCUGAAGUCAACGGGGAAACACAUUUUAGAUCUGAAGGUCGACCUCAGCUCUCCUCAGUUAAGCUGGCUGUAUAAGGAGUCCGCGGUGCAGGACGUGGCGGUGGAUGCAGACGACGGCUCGGCUGUGGUGAACGUCAUCAUCAGCGCUGCGGCUUACGGGCGCUACAAGAAACUGUUCUCGGAUAAAGGCAGAUGACAGCUCGGAUAAAAUGCAAGAGAGGAAGAAACAGUGACGCUGUAGUUCUGAAAGGGACAGGAUUUGGUGCUCACCGUUUCCUUAGAGGAGCGCCGUCAAGUAUUUACUUAAAUUUGUGAAACGGCGGGAAAAACUCAUCAGGAUCACGUUUCCUAAUUUGGAAUUUCACGUCAUUUUGAGAGCAGCGCUACCCUAUGAGUUAAAUACUCAAAGUUCAUGUUCUCUACUGUUAUAACUGUAAUACUGCUCCACUGAAAAAUAUCCUGGUUACGUUUUAUUUCUCACCUGUUCCUGAGACAUAAAGACAGGAGGGACGACCAUCCAGAAAGACUUGCCUCUCGGAGCUUCUGUAGAGAGUUGUAAUAUUUGUUCUGUAUUUAUUGUACGGUAAAUAAAAUGUUUAAAACAAAA